AUGCGUAUCGGCCUGCGGCAUUUCCCUUACAAGACCAAUGAUAUGGAAUCAUAUCGCUAUGGUGGCGAUUUGGGAUCUCAGAAACUGAGAGACGCCUUGUUGCAGUGUCCCUCUAGCCAGGCUCGACAGGAUCGCUCGCACCGGACUUGGAAGCACGACUGGGUACGAUGUAAUCGUAUCUCACCCGCUGGUGGCCCGCUACGUAGCCGGAUUAAUAAACCGAGCUUAGAUUCUUGA